GAAUGUCGGACACAAUUCUUGGUUUCAACAAAUCAAACGUCGUUUUGGCUGCUGGAAUUGCUGGAGCCGCUUUCCUCGGCUACUGCAUUUACUUCGAUCAUAAGAGAAUCAACGCUCCAGACUACAAGGACAAGAUUAGGCAAAAGAGACGUGCCCAGGCUGGAGCAGGAGGAAUGGCUCCACGUCGUCCAGCUGCAGCAGGCAAUGAUGCUGCUCCAGAUGUCACCGAUCCAUCCCAAAUGCAAAGGUUCUUCUUGCAAGAGGUUCAACUCGGAGAAGAACUCAUGGCAGCCGGAAAUGUUGAUGAAGGUGCCGUGCACAUUGCCAACGCAGUCAUGCUCUGCGGUGAAUCUCAACAACUCCUGUCUAUCUUCCAACAAACAUUGUCGGAAGAUCAGUUCCGUGCUGUUGUUCAACAAUUGCCGUCGACUCGCGAACGUCUUGCGGAAAUGUUCGGAGCGAAAGCAGAUGAGGCAGAAAACGAGCCACCAAUGGUUCAAUACCUCGGAGACGGACCUCCACCAGCACAAAUCCAAGAGCUUAUCGAUGACACCGACGACUUGGAGUAAUGGAUAAUGAUUUAAAAGUUUUAUUAACUUUCAAUUUAAUUCUUCGUAUUUUUCGUUCACCAACCCUGUUUAGUUUAGGUGUUUUCCUCCUCACGGAUCCUCAUUGUCUGUUGCUCUUAUUCGUUUCCUCAUUGAUUUUUUAUUUCUAUAAUAAAUGCAUUGCUCAU